AUGCAAUUGAAAGAGGAGAACUCUUUGAUCGUUGACAAGGAGCCGGAGGCAACGGCAACAGCAACUGCAACCACAGAAGUUGAAUUAAAGGCAACGGAUCAAGAUGCAGAAAUCGGGCCGGAGCUGGACAUUGUGAUUAACAAUGUUGUGUGCUCUUUCAGUGUGAAGUGUCAUCUGAAUUUGCGUCUGAUAGCAUUGAAUGGAUCGAAUGUGGAGUACAGGCGGGAGAAUGGAAUGGUCACGAUGCGUUUGCGUCGCCCCUAUACGACGGCUUCAGUUUGGUCCUCUGGCAGGAUCACAUGCACCGGUGCCACAUCGGAGCCGCAGGCAAAGGUCGCUGCUCGUCGCUUUGCCCGCUGCCUGAGCAAACUGGGAUUUCCCGUGCACUUUCAGAACUUUCGCAUCUUCAAUGUGCUGGGCACCUGCAGCAUGCCCUGGUCGAUUCGAAUUGUUAAUUUCUCGGAAAUGCAUCGUAGCAAUGCCAGCUAUGAACCGGAAUUGCACCCAGGUGUGACCUACAAGAUGAUCGAGCCCAAGGCUACGUUGAAGAUCUUUUCGACGGGCAGCAUAACGGUGACUGCUGCUAACGUAAAUAUCAUCGAAUUGGCCAUACAGCGUAUCUAUCCCUUGGUCCAUGAGUUUCGCAAUGAGAAAUCCAGAAGAGAUCUAAAGAAAAUCAAACAGGAUAAUAGUUUACCUGGAGUUUCAGAAAUAUCAAGACCCCCAAUGGCUGGUUAUCGCACGCCGAACACCUCGUGGCGUCCAAAGAUGCCGAUGUUGCCAACUGCAAAAAUGCUUGACAGCCCCAACUCAACCCCUAUCAACACUAACAACACUAACAACACUAUCAACACUAUCAACGACCCCAGCUCCAGUCCUAGUGGGAGUAACAUCUUGUCCAAUGCACGUCGUCGGGCCACUGAAUGUUGGGUCAACAAACUGCAGAAUAAACGAUCGCGUUUCAAUGAUGCCAAUGCAAUGUCAAAGGUCACUGCCUUGGCUCGCUCAGCCACGCCUAAUAAGUUUCCCAUGACACCAGGAUUGACAUCUAAUGUGCUCAAUCAGUCCAAGGCGCUUCCUUUUCCUGGAACUGCAACAGCAGGUGCCGGUUCCGGUUUACCAAAUAUCUUAACCACAAGGCGUCAAUUGGUAAAGCCAACCGAUCAUCAAGUUGAGGAUCGAAUUGAGGAAAUCAGCAACGAUGAAAUGGACUGGCAGAUUUAAGAUGAAUAUCAACUUUCUGUAUGAAAAGAAAACCAAUGGGUUAAACAUCAAAUAUAUUAUCUCUGAAGCAGAGAGAUUAUUGAAUAAAUACAA